CGUAGGGCUGACGUACUAGGAAGUGCCUUGAAGACAACAAAACUGCAGCUGGCUAAUCACCAUUAAAGCGUCACAUGCUAUGGCAAUAACAGAAAACAAAUCCAGCGGUUAAGUUUCAACAACAUUUGAAAUCUUUUCUGUGCGAUUUAGCACCAGAAAGACCGAACAGGUUUAUUAUCGCUCAUACACUUGGGAAGACAGUGACCUUUCCAAGUCUCUCCAAUGUCUUCUGGCUGUCCACCCCAGUCACCUGCUGUGGCAAAGUCUGAGGUAGCGGUAGAGGGAGAAUGCCCGCUGCUGGCUGCCACCUUUGCUUACUGGGACAACAUCCUGGGUCCACGCGUGCGGCACAUCUGGACACCAAAGGGCGACCAGUUGAUGUUCCUCAGCGAUGGAGAGGUCACCUUCUUGGCCAACCAUACACUCAAUGGGGAAAUUUUGCGUAGUGCUGAGUGUGGCGCUGUGGAUGUGAAGUUCUUUGUCCUGGCAGAAAAGGGCGUCAUCAUUGUGUCGCUCAUCUUCGAUGGCGAGCUGAAGGGGGACAAGAACACGUGUGCCCUGUCCAUUAUCCUGCCUCAGACAGAGCUGGCCUUCUACCUGCCUCUACACACCAUCUGUGUGGAGAGGCUAAAGCAUGUUAUCCGCAAAGGACGCAUCUGGAUGCAGAAGGGCUACAACAUCAUCUCAGUGCUGAGCUUGGAGAUCGUCCCCAUCAUGGAGCUGUUGGCCUCUAUGAAGACACACAGGGUGCCAGAAGAAAUAGAUAUAAAAGACACCGUGCUAAAUGAUGAUGACAUCGGGGACAGCUGCCAUGAGGAUUUCCUCCACAAAGCCAUCAGCUCUCAUCUGCAGACUUGCGGCUGUUCGAUAGUGGUUGGAAGCAACUCAGAGAAAGUAAAUAAGAUUGUGCGGACUCUCUGCUUGUUCCUCACCCCGACUGAGAGGAAAUGCUCUCGCCUCUGUAAGGCUGACUCUUCCUUUAAAUACGACACAGGCCUGUUUGUUCAGGGACUGCUCAAGGACUCCACAGGCAGCUUUGUCCUGCCCUUCCGCCAGGUGCUCUACUCACCCUACCCGACCACGCACAUCGACGUCGACAUCAACACAGUCAAGCAGAUGCCACCGUGCCAUGAGCACACGUACAAUCAGCGGCGCUACAUGCGGUCUGAGCUGAGUGCGCUCUGGAAGACGGACAGCGAGGAGGACAUACCCCCUGACACAGUCUUUCACACUGAUGAAACCUUCACCCCUGACCUGAAUAUAUUUCAAGACGUCAUGCAUAAAGACACUUUGGUUAAGUCCUUUAUAGAUGAGGUGUUCAUGCUGAAGCCAGGCCUGUCCCUGCGGAGCACCUAUCUGGCCCACUUCCUACUGCUGCUCCACAGGAAGGCCCUCACGCUGCUCAAGUACAUCGAGGACGAGACGCAAAAAGGGAAGAAGCCGUUUCGAUCCUUGCGCAAUUUAAAGACUGAUCUGGACCUGACAGUGGAAGGAGACCUGAGCAUUGUAAUGGCCUUCGCAGAGAAGCUGAGGGCAGGACUGCACUCGUUUGUGUUUGGGAAGCCAUUCUUCACCAGCAUGCAGGAACGAGACGUACUGAUGAGCUUUUGACUCCAUUCUUCACCUGCACUUUAUAUAUUGAAUAGAGAAAAUGUUGUUGUUGGUGUUUUUGCUUUGUUGUUACAUGAAUUGCAUGCACAUAUGUGCUCUUUAAAACCAGACUACCAUUAGUCUGAGUGUGUGUUUCUGCGUUGCUGAAAUGAUCGAUACAAAGUGUGAUUUCAAAGACUGAUCAUUAUGAGCCGUUUAGAAUUAAGGUUUUGAUAUAUUUCGUUGAUCAACUGCAAGCAUAAUGUGAGUUUAAUGUUUUUAGAAGACUUAAAUUAUUCUCUGCAGGAUGAAUUAUUCAUGUAUUCUAUGCCUUCAGUUAAUAAGAGGGUCUGUAUUAAUUUAUGGUGUUAAAAUUGGCUGAGGUGCCCACUAGGACAUUUGCAAUUUAAUUAGAAAUGUUAUUUAUUAAAACACGAGUUAUUAGUUUUUUCACUCCCUCCCAACAAGAUCAGUUGGCCUUUGAACCUUUUGAACUUGUGGAUUACCUUUUUUUUCAAGUUUUAUUCAAUAACUGUUCCUUACAAGGCUGAGUAAUCAUGAAGACCAGGGAUUUUAUUAAAGAAAAACAGAAAAGCACUGUAAAUCAAAUCUUUUCACAAUCCCUCCUGAAAAAGCAGAUCUGUGUGCGUAGCGUACAGUGAGUGUCAUCAUUAAAUGCUUUUAUCUAUUUGUGUGUAAAA